AUGGAAGAAGGAGAAGUGAGACCAGAAGAGUCAGAUCCUGACGACAUACAUCUUGAACCGGUACCUCGCUCCAAUGAAGAGCAGGCUGCAAAUGGCAAGAAACGUAAAAAAAAGGUCGACGAAGAUGAGGAAGGUGAAGAUACCAUGCGACCAUCCAAGUCUAAUCCAGGGAUAUAUUCUGAUGACGAUGAAGAUGAGGACGAGGAGCAACAAGAAGGAGAUGAAGAACUAGGCAGUUUUAUUGCUGACGACGAUGAAGAGGUCGCUGAUGGGCAGGAAAGGCGACGUAAAAAGAGACGUAAAAAGGUUCGAACCAUCGAAGACGAACUGGAUGAAGAAGAUAUGGAUCUAGUUCGUGAGAAUAUGGGUGAAGGAGAGUUUAAACGUCUCCGUCGUGUCGUUGAUGAAGAAAAGGGCGACGACGACAUGCAUCGCAUGUUUGAUGACGAUGAAGCUGGUGAAGGCGAAGGGGAUCGUCAAGCCAUGGAUAUUGAUAUGGAUGAAGAUUCCGAUGAUGGAUUUGUCGUCAAUGACGAAGGUGACGAUGAGAAUGAACGUCCUCGACCUAAAGCAGUCAAGAGAGCUCGAGGCAUGCCAUCUGGAAUAUCAAACGAGAAAUAUGAUGAUUUAAUGGAUAUCUUUGGCGAUUACUCAGAUUAUGAUUAUCACUUCACCCAGGGUGAAGAAGAAGCAGAGAAGGAGCAAGAAGAAGUCUUGGACGAAUAUGGUGAACCCGUUCCAGACAAGAGCAAGAAAGAAAAGAAGCUCGCAUCUGUAUUCGAACCAGCUGCUCUGUCUCGUCUCAUGUUGACAGAUCGUGACACUGAGAUUGAGAGAACGGACUUGCCUGAACGAUUCCAGCUUCUUGAACAGAGGAUGGAUCUUGGUCCAUGGGCAGCAGAAAGUCGAGAUGAGAUGACGGAUGAAGCUGAAUGGAUUGCACGCAAAAUAUAUGCCCAACGACCUCAAAAUGUUGUUGCAUCUGUUGAUGAACAUCGAAUGGAUCCAAAUCUUAUAGACGCUGUACAUUAUACCGUCAAAUCACUUCGAGACAAGGACGAUGGUGGUUAUGAAGUACCACAUAUAGCUCGAUAUGGAAAAGAUCCUAUAGCUCACGCAUGGACGUUGACUGACGGCAGCGCAAAAGGUCUUCGAUUAUCGGACUUGUGGAGGAUCUUCGAUUUGGAUCGAGAGUAUAGAGUCUUUUCUGCUCGCCGAAGAAAGCUCAAGACGCUUUUGGAAGGUGUACAGCAUGGUCUUCCGGAAGAUGAAUUGGCUGUUAUAAAUCAAUAUCUAGAAAAUGCUCAGACAAGUGAAUUGCUUGCUGACUUGCAUCGUCGAAUCACUCUCGUGUAUCCAGCAGUGGUGCAGGAAGUGAUGGGUGUAGAUAGCAGUAGGACAUCAAAGGUGCAACAAUUGGACAAGUGGACUAAAGGUGGCAUUACCACGUUCUCAAAGAGCUACGAUAUUGAUUUGGGAACCUUUGUACGUGAACUCCAAUUCGCUGUAAAGUAUCAUGAGCCAUCAGAUCCAGACAAGUUUCCCGAAGACGUUGCUUCAGAGUAUAUAACAGCUUCUGUUUAUAACAACGCACCCAUCAUUAUGGCUGAGGCCGAAAACUAUCUGGUACUCCUUAUGUCCACCGAUCCUUCUUUGAGAUCUUGGGCUCGCGCCAAGUUUGAAAGUAAAGCUGCAUUAUCUUUCAAGCCAUCAGUGAAAGGAAAAGAUACCAUUGAUCCUGAUCAUCCGUUCUGGCAAUUCAAAUAUCUCCAACGUAAACCUCUCCGACAAGUGGUGUCAGAGGAAGAUUACAACAUGGUGAUUCUGAUGUUCGCAGCAGAGCAACAAGGGUUGGGUCAGAUCAUUGUUGAAUCUGAGGACACCAGAUUCCUUGAGACUGUCGAAGCAGCCAUUUGUAAUGAAUCUUACAAGGAAGUUUCUGGCAAAUGGAACGAACGACGUCGCAUAGUUGCCAGACGAGCUUUUCAGGAUGUCAUGUUACCUGAAUUCGCUAGUCAUCUCAAGUCCACUUUGCUGAAGGACGCUAGAGAGUCUUUGGCAAAAACGAUCGAGAAAAUCAUGAGCGAGAAAGUCGGAAUGGCUGGUUACAUGCCAUAUAGAUCAGAUGACGAAGACCUUAGAAACACCUUUGAAGACGAUCCACCACGUGUAUUGGCCUUGACGUUGGUUGGUGAAUUCAAUCCAUCACUCAAAGGUGUCGUUAUUGAUGAAGACGGCCUUCUCAAAGAACAUUGGUCGAUACCAAACGUUUUGACACGUGAAGAAGCUAACGGAUAUAGUCAUCUCGUCAUGCUAAGGCAUGGUACACCGGCCAAUAGCGAGUUUGCCAGAAAACUUGCAUCUAUAAAUCCAGAGUUCAUUGCUAUUGCUGGAUCUAGUCCACAACUUCCCCGUCUCUUUGACGUGCUUGAAAAAAUUCUCCAAGGCUUGAAGGAUUCUAACGAUGCCGAGGUGUAUAUUCGAAAAACACCACAGUAUCAAUUCGUAGAGGAUGAUGCUGCUCGUAUAUACCGUAAUUCUCCUCGAUCCCGCUCUGAGUUUCCAUCUCUGGACGAUGACGGACGAUAUCUCGUUUCUUUGGCUCGUAAAGUCCAAGAUCCUACUAUGGAGUAUGCUGGUUUGAUGAACACUGAGACUGAAUACAGGUCUUUGAGGCUACAUCGUCUCCAACAAUAUCUCCCGGAUGAUCAGAUGCAGGACUGUUUGGAACGUGCCUUCGUCAAUGCAGUCAACCUUUGUGGCUGUGAUAUCAACGAUGCAGUAAUUCAUCCUCAUCGAGCAUAUACCCUUCAAUUCGUAGCUGGUUUUGGUCCUCGUAAAGCACGCAAAACAUUGGAACGAAUUCGUAAUAAGAGAACUUGCGUGUAUAGUCGAAAUGAAUUGCUGACAGAGCAAUAUAUGGGAGGUGGACGUCAUGCCAAGACCAUCUUCAACAAUUGCUCUGGCUCGAUUCGUAUCAGACGUCGUCACUGGGAGGAUUCUUCAAAGACACCCGCAGAAGAUGUCAUCUUGGACAUCCUCGACGAUACUCGAAUACAUCCUAGAAAUUAUCAAUGGGCACGUAAAAUAGCUGCAGCUGCAUUGGAAGUAGAAGAACAGGAAGAUCAUCUCAAUCCAUCUGGUGCAGUAGAAGACUUGAUGGAGAUUAUGAAGGGCCAAGAUGGUACCACGCCAUUGGAUGACUUGGAUUUAGAAUCGUAUUCUCAAACUACUGCAGAAUUAUCACGCUUACUUCUCGUCUUGUAUGAUAUUCGAUCAGAAUUAAAGCACCCUUUUGCUGAACUCCGUUCGCACUGGGAAGGUGCUACUAAAACGCAAGUCUUCAACAUGAUAACAAAAGAAAUUGUCGGUACCACAGUGAAGGAGAACAUGGUGGUAGAGGGUACCGUAUAUCGUACCUCUGGCCCCUAUGUACGAGCUCGCAUUGGAGGUGGUGAUCUUGUAGGAAUAGCCGCCAAGGACGAUUACCCAGAUUUGAAGGAUGCUCAAAUUGGCGAGACCUUGAACUUUAAGAUUGACAAGAUUGAUGAUGCGUGUUUGAACGCUUUCUGUUUGAACUUGCAACUCAUGUCGCAUACUGAUAUGCAAAAGCAUCGAAGUGGGGAUGAUACUAGACCAGAGGUAUUUUGGGAUAGGCUGGUUGAGAUUGAUGAUAUUGAACAUCGAGAGAAAGCUCAAAUGACCAGGAAACGGAAAUUCAUUCCUCGAUCCAUCAAACAUGCUGACUUCCAAAACGUCGAGUCUGCAGAUGCCAUCAACUACCUUGCUCCACAGUUACGUGGUAACUUUGUAUUUAGACCUUCGAGUAAAGGUCCCAAGUAUUUAAUUCUGACUUGGAAGGUUGAUGAUGGUAUCUAUGGUCAUAUUGAAGUUGAAGAAGGCGACAAGCAGCCUACAAACUUCUUGGCUCUUGGCAAGACACUGAAGAUUGGAACGAGUUCAUUCACAGAGUUGGAUGAAAUCGUUUCCACGUAUUUGAAUCCAUUGAUUCAUAUGACGAAUGAGAUAUUGGACUCGAAGAAGUUCCAGAGGAUAACCUACGAUGAAGCAGAAUCGUUCUUGGAACUAGAAUGUGUCAAGAACUCGAGAUCCAACUAUGUUCUGAUUCCUGCUGAUCGUAAACCAGGAGCAUUCUACUUUGUUUAUAAACACCCCAGCAAUCGAGUACAUCGGGACGCGGUCCUAGUAUUCCCAACCCACUUUGAAUUCCGCAAUAAGCAAAUCAAACCACCGCUUGUACGUCUCUUUGAUGAAUGGAAGCUUCAAGAAAUGACCCGAAUGGAGGCUGACAAGACUGCUGCUAGAGCCAAAGCUAAAGAGGCUGCAGCUCAACAAGUACCAAUACCACCAGUAAACAAUAAUCCAUUAUUCGGAGGCGGUGGCCGUCCAGCUCCCGCUCGUAACCCCAAUUACGGACAACAACCAAGUUAUCAGCAACAACAACAACAACAACAACAACCUUACGUUCCCGUUGCUGUAGCAGCUGGUCACUGGGGUAACUCAGACUGGAGUGGUCAACCAGAUUAUAAUAAUCAAGCAUCGUAUCCUGCAGCUGGUGGUGGGUUUGCUGACCGAUAUGAUCAACGACAGAAUCAACCACCACCACCACCACCACGAUACAACCAACGUAAUCAGCAACAACAGCAACAGUAUGGUGGUCAAGGAGGAGGACGUUGGAAUAAUAGCAACAAUAGUACUGGGCCUUCUGGUGGUUACGGAGCAGGAUAUGGCCCAUCUGGUGCUGCAUCAGGAUAUGGAGCUGCCCCAAAUAAUCAGAAUGGACGAGAUAAUUACCGUGAAACGAUGAGUAGUGCUGGUGGAUUUGCAACAGUAACACCACAGCAGCAGUACGGUGCUCAAUAUGGUCAGAUGUCGGGCGGCUGGGGAGCACCGCAACAACAGCAACAAACUUAUGGUAAUAUACCACCACAACAGCAGGGAUAUGGUCCAUCAGAUUGGGGCAGUACGGCAACUACACAACUUCAGCAACAAGGAGAGUGGGGAGGUGCAGCUGCUCAACAACUGCCUCAACAAGCCGAAUGGGGAAGUACAGCAGCUUCUCAACAACAGCAACCAACUGGAGCAUGGGGUGCAUCUUAA